GGACGCUUGUUGUUGUCCGCCGGGGGAGGCGGAGGUUGCUCGCUCGCUGGCUCGCCGGGGCGUUCUGUGGCGGUCGGCGGCAGGUCGGUCGCGAGGGCGGGCGCUGUGCAGGGGGGCGAGGCUAUGUCGCGGCGGCAGCCCGGAUGGGCCGGCAGGGCCGGGAGUAACGGGACGUCGCCGCGGAGCUUCUUCCCCUUGAUGCCGUGCGGCCCGAGCGGAGGCCGCGGCGCCACCCUCCGGUCCUGAAGAGCCCGCACUGCGCGGAGUCCGCCUCGCCUGAGGACCGGCACCGACGCGGAGCCACCCGGCCCUGCCCAGCCUGGUGCGGCCUGGUCAGCCCAGCCCAGGAAGGCAGCUUUAGCCCCUCUGGAGCACUGAGCCCCUUCCCCGAGGACAUGAAGCUAUUGGAGAACUCAAGCUUUGAGGCCAUCAACUCUCAGCUGACUGUGGAGACUGGAGAUGCCCACAUCAUUGGAAGAAUUGAGAGCUAUUCGUGUAAGAUGGCAGGAGACGACAAACACAUGUUCAAGCAGUUCUGCCAGGAGGGCCAGCCUCACGUGCUGGAGGCACUUUCUCCACCCCAGACCUCAGGCCUCAGCCCCAGCAGACUGAGCAAGAGCCAAGGUGGUGAAGAUGAGGGCCCCCUCAGUGACAAGUGCAGCCGUAAGACCCUCUUCUACUUGAUUGCCACACUCAAUGAGUCCUUCAGGCCUGACUAUGACUUCAGCACAGCCCGCAGCCAUGAGUUCAGCCGGGAGCCCAGCCUCAGCUGGGUGGUGAAUGCAGUCAACUGCAGUCUGUUCUCAGCUGUUCGGGAGGACUUCAAGGCCCUGAAGCCACAGCUGUGGAAUGCGGUGGACGAAGAGAUCUGCCUGGCAGAAUGUGACAUCUACAGCUAUAACCCAGACUUAGACUCAGACCCCUUUGGGGAGGAUGGCAGCCUCUGGUCCUUCAACUACUUCUUCUACAACAAGCGGCUCAAGCGAAUUGUUUUCUUCAGCUGCCGCUCUAUCAGUGGCUCCACUUACACACCCUCAGAGGCAGGCAACGAGCUGGACAUGGAACUGGGGGAGGAGGUAGAGGAAGAAGGCGGAGGCAGCGAGGGUGGGUCCGAGGACACCAGCACCACAGAGGACAGGGUCCCAGUGAUGUGUAUGUGAUGAGCAGAGGCCCCAGCUUCAUCCAGCUUCAACCAAUGCCUGGACCUGCCCACCUGAGAGGCCCACGGCCUCCCCAGCUGCUGGCCAGACCCUGGUGCUGCCACAGUCCCAGUGCUGCCCAAGGCCACACCUGCCUGGCCCUUUGGUUCCAGCCUAUGGAUGUCCACUCACCCCCACAGGCUGCCGCUGCUGUGCUGUGGCUGGACUAGAUGGACAGCACGGGGCCUGGUGGGAAGAGCGACUGCCUGCCCAAAUGAACUGUCACAGGCAGGGAGAGCUGGACACAGAGUUUAUUUUUGUAUUUUGUACUGGGCCUGCACACUCUACCCCAAAGGGUCUGUAGCCUGAGGCCCGGAAAGCAGGCCCCAGUGGUCCCUGGCUCUGGUCUAAGGCCAGCCCCUGGCGCCCACCUGCACCCCACCUUGCCUGUUGACCGCGUGCACUGAAUGUCACUUUGCUGCAGCUCAUUUGUUUCCAAUAAAAGUUUCUGUGAUUU